AUGGACAAGGCAGCCGAAGAGUUCGUGGAGUACCGCGAGACUAAAGAUGUCCAGACAGAGCAAGAUGCUUUGUAUCAAGUCUAUGGCGCCAAGGGGCCGGAAUGGCAUCAGCGAAUGAACCGGAAAGUGUUGCGCAAAGUCGACUGGCAUCUGCUGCCGUUUCUGGUGUUGAUGUAUCUGUUGAACUUUUUGGAUCGGAAGUUGACUGACAUGGAUAGUAACUUGUCGCAAGCACGUCUCGGUACUCUCGAGAAGGACCUGAACAUGAAGGGGACCGACUAUAAUCUAGCGACAAGCAUCCUCUUCGUCGGAUAUCUUCUCAUGCAGCUGCCGUCGAAUCUGCUUCUGACAAAGAUCCGACCAUCGCUAUUCCUGGGCAUCGCCAUGGCCAUUUGGGGUGCCAUCUCAGCUUGUCAAGCGGCAGUAACCUCAUUCACUGGAUUGGUGGUGUCUCGGUUCUUUCUGGGAUUUGUCGAGGCACCAUUCUUCCCCGGAGCGGUGAUGUUGAUGUCGAGUUGGUAUACCCGACAAGAGUUGGGCCAUCGGAUCGCCUGGUUUUAUGCUGGCAGCUCCCUCGCCAACGCAUUCGGAGGGCUAAUCGGCGCGGGCGUGUUAGGAAACCUGGAUGGAGCGCAUGGGAUCUCCGGGUGGCGAUGGCUGUUUAUCAUAGAAGGCUGCAUCACAGUCGGAAUAUCCCUGCUAUCUUCAAUCUUCCUUCCCAAUUAUCCCGGGACCACCUCAUGGCUGGACGAAGAGGAACAAGCAUACGCUCAAUGGCGACUGAUUCAUGACGCCGGUGAGGCUGAUGACACGGAGACUGGGAAUAUAUCAGAAGCGCUUCGAUUAGUGCUUACGGACCCACGUAUCUAUCUAUUCACCCUGUUGCAGCACACGUCGCUGUUGUCGCAGAAUUUUCAGUACUUCUUCCCGACUAUUGUGCAAACAUUGGGCUAUGGUAAUAUCGAGACCCUGCUCAUCACGGCCCCCGUGUGGAUUGCAACCUUCCUAGUCUCCUUGGUUGUGACAUGGACGUCUGGGAAGACCAAUGACCGCAGUAUCCACAUUAUUUCGUUGAUGUUGGUGAGCGUGGCAGGGGCCAUAAUCUGCACGACCACCACCAGCCUUGGGGCCCGAUUCUUCGCCAUGUUCUUAAUGCCCAUGGGGGCUGUUUCAGCGUACCAAAUCAUUAUCGCUUGGGUCGCCAAUUCGUUCCCUCGGCCCCUAGUCAAACGGUCCGCAGCCAUCGCCAUAGCCAACAUGCUAGGUAACACAGCCUCCAUCUAUGGAAGCUACAUGUGGCCGUCAUCCUCGGGACCGCGGUAUAUUCCGGGGGGGAGUGCUACCGCAGGUGUGGCUUUGCUGGUGGCCAUGUUGGCAAUGGUGAUUCGGAUGGUGCAUGCCAGAAUGAACCGACAACUGCAGGAGCAGGAGGAAUCCACUGAGAGCGGAGAAUCUUCGCAGCAUCCGGUCGGAUUUCGGUACAUUCUCUAAGACGCUAGACAGCGUGCAGGAAUUGGACUGCCUGCGGAAUUCGACAAAAAAAAUGGAGAACAAAACGGUGUUGCCUGGCAGGGGAAAUUUGUCGGAUAUGGCCGGAUCAGCCUUAAGGCUGAGUGCAUGUCAAAACGAAUACGAGACUGUUUAUAUAAAGGUCCAGGGUCUUUUGAUCAAGAAUACCAUUCAUCUCUAUAUUCCAACAUAUCAUGAAAUUCUCCGCCGUUUCCUGGGCCUGCUCAUUUGCUGGCCUUGCUGUUGGUAUGUACUAACACUCCGGAAGAAUACACAGUUCAACUAA